GUCGGCGCCCGCUGUCACCUGCGGCCGCGCGCCCCUCCCUCCCUCCCGCCCGGCCGCGUGUGGCGGGCGCGCUGCUGCCCCGGGCUGUCGGUAACGCGGAUUUCCCCACGGGAUCCCAGGGACGCCGUCCCACCGGCGGGGCUGCGGGACGAGGCUGCGAGCAGAAACGAGCUGCUGGAUGUAGAAGGAAAGUAGGUCGUGCCCACGGAAAAUGCCUCUAAGGGACAAGUGUUGUCAGACUGACCACCAUCACCAUGGAUGCUGUGAACCAGUGCAUUUGUUGGAACCUGGUGAUCCUCCGUUAUUGCAGCAGCCUCUGCAAACAUCAAAAUCUGGUAUUCAACAAAUCAUUGAGUGUUUUCGAUCAGGAACGAAACAACUUAAACAUAUCUUGUUAAGAGAUGUGGACACCAUUUUUGAGUGCAAAUUGUGCCGGAGUCUCUUCAGAGGAUUACCAAAUUUAAUUACUCAUAAAAAGUUUUAUUGUCCUCCAAGUCUUCAAAUGGAUGAUAACCUCCCAGAUACAAAAGAUAAGCAGAGUCAAGCCAUAAAUGACCUUCUUGAAGCAAUCUAUCCAAGGGUAGAUAAGCAAGAAUAUAUAAUUACGUUGGAACCUAUAGAAACGAAUCAAAAUGCUGUAUUUCAAUAUGUGUCAAGGACUGAUAGCCCAGAUGAGAACACAGAAGGUAGCCAUACCCCUGAUCAAGCUCCAGUACAGAUCCAGGAACCCAGCACUGAGCAACCCAAGUCUGUUUCAGCUCCAGCCCCAGUCCCAGCUGGGGAUACUGUAGAAUUACCUCCUGCUGAUCCUGUCACAAACAAGAACACUCCUGAAGAACAGCCUCCAGCGGUAAGUCCUGACUUGGACUCUCUGGAUAAUUCUGAUUAUGGCCACCAGUUGAUUUGUUGCCUCUGUAGGAAGGAAUUUCAUUCAAGACGCAGUGUACGGCGGCACAUUCGAAAAGUACACAAAAAAAAGAUGGAAGAGCUAAAGAAGUAUAUAGAAACAAAAAAGAAAGCAAACCAGUGCUCUGCAAGAGGACGAAAUAAGAAUGUUCUUGUCACGUUAGGUAGAAGUUGUCCUGUGUGUUAUAAAUCAUUUGCCACAAAAGCCAAUGUAAGGAGGCAUUUUGAUGAAGUUCAUAGAGGAUUAAGAAGGGAUUCCAUUACUCCUGAUAUAGCUACAAAGCCUGGGCAACCUUUGUUCUUGGAUACAGUUUCUGCUAAAAAAUCUCUUAAGACCAGAAAACAAAAGUCGUCUUCAAAGGCUGAAUACAAUUUAAGUGCAUGCAAAUGCCUUCUGUGUAAGAGGAAAUAUAGUUCACAGAUAAUGCUGAAAAGGCAUAUGCAAAUUGUUCACAAGAUAAGUCUCUCUGGAAAGAACUCUAAAAGAGAGAAAGGACCCAACAAUACUACCAAUGGCACAGAAAUACAAGUUGAACCAGCAGAUUCUGUAGAACCUUCACCCCCUUCCAUUGUGCUUUCUCCACAGAAUGAAUUAAAGGGAACAAAUCAUUCAAAUGAGAAAAAGAACGCACCAUCAGCACAGAAGAAUAAGGUUAAACAGGACCCUGAAAACCCUAAAUCAACCUCUAAAUCAACCUGCAAAUCAACCACUAAAUCAACCCCUAAAUCAACCAAUGCAUCUGCUGCAGGUGGCCAGCAAAAAGCCAAGAAGCCAAAACUUUCAGCUGGCUUUGACUUCAAGCAGCUUUACUGUAAACUCUGUAAGCGCCAAUUUACGUCUAAACAGAAUUUAACAAAGCACAUUGAACUACACACAGAUGGAAAUAAUAUUUAUGUUAAAUACUACAGGUGUCCACUGUGCUCUUACGAAACGCGUCGCAAGCGGGAUGUGAUCCGACACAUAACCGUGGUUCACAAAAAGUCGCCGCGCUACCUUGGGAAAAUAACGGCAAGUUUAGAAAUAAGAGCAAUAAAGAAGCCAAUUGAUCUUGUUCUAAAUAAGGUGACAAAAAGAGGCUCUCAGAAGGAUGAAACAAAACAGAUCGGUUCAAAACAGGAUGUCACCUCUAAUUCUCCCAAUAAAAAGUAUGAAGGAGCUGAUGUUGGCAUUGAAGUAAAAGUAACAAAAAACUUUUCUCUGCACCGAUGCAAUAAAUGUGGGAAAGCAUUUGCCAGAAAAGCUUUUCUAGAACAUCAUAAGAAAACCCACAAAGCAAACGUAUCUCAUUCACCUGAAGAAAGUAAAACCAAAGGCAGAAGUACAAGAUCUAAAGCUGUUGUCUGGUGAGGAAAAAGAAAAAGUGUUUUCUCUUUUUUAAAAAAGGACAAAAACAAAAACCCAACAAUACCACUGCAUUUCUUUUGCUGUUGUUGAUUUAUUGCUGAAAACAUAUUUUCCCAUAUAUUUUAGGGUUUAGUGGUUUAAAUGCAAAAGUAGAUGUCAAAUUUGUUUCUUUUUGUUUUAGCAUUUUGGAAAAGAGUUAAAAUCUAAAUUUUUCAUUGUAGAAAGAUGGAAUGUAGAUUAAACUGUACUAAGUCAGCUCUUUAAACUGUCUUAAGGCAUCUGCUCUAAUAAAGCUAAUAUAAGUACAUUUUUAAAAUAGUAAUUUUUUAAAAUUAACGGUAAUUUUCUUUGGUUUGAAUAACGUAACUCAUUUAAUUAACUUUGCUGUGACCACUUGAAUAAGUACUAAAAGUACUAAAGUAAAAGCUGAUAAGAGAAAAAAUCUCUAUGAACUUACUGGAAUUAGCAUUUGUGAAUUUAAAUUUUUAUUUUGAUGUGUAUUGCCAGCACACUGUCAACAAAAGUGCAUAGAACACAUUUUUUUAAUGUAAUUUGGUUCCUUAGUUGCUUUGAUUUAAACUCAUUAAGGGUUAGGUGUCUGCAAAUACCUUUGAAGUCAUCAAAUUUAGAAUUCCAUUCUUUUAAUGCAUAUUUAUAUAAGCCCAGGUUUGGAGACUUAUGGUCAUUUAGAUUUUUAAAUUGUUCAAAUCUAAUCAAAGUUUUUGCUUUAAGGAUCAAUAUGUAUUGAAGUCUGCCCUAGAAUUUUCUAAACUCUUGCUUAUGUGGUGCUCUCGGAAUUUUUUAUGCUUGGAGGGGUUGUAUUUGUAGCUACUCAGUUUUCCAUAGGCCUUGCCAUGGCCUAUGUUUAGAGGACCUAUUAAAAAAGAAAAUAUUUGUGUGCAGUCACUUUGUAUUUCAAACUGACCAACUGAUGGCUGAAGGUUGGGGAUUGUACAAAAGUAUGAUGAAGAGAGACUGUAGUGAUAAUUUUAGGAGUUUUAACCAUCCUUAUAAAGAAUCAUCUUUCUAGCAUAUUUGGCAAAAAGAAAGCAAAAUAUAUGUGCCUUGUUCUAUGUUUCACCUCUGAAAUGCUGUUUGCUGGGAGAUGAUUCGCAUGAGUUCAGCUUUCACAGUGAAUAACCACCUAGUUAUAUUAAAUUGUGAUGUGGUGCUUUCAUGACUUUCUAAUAAAUCCUGACCAAAUUAGGCAGAACUUCAAAAAUGAACCAAGUUGAACCCUGAAUUAUGCUGAAUUCUAGAGGGGGAGUGACUUAUGCAUUUUGAAUAAGAAUUAAAAAUUUAACCUUGUAAAUUAUUUAUCUUGUGUAGUUUAAAAGAGAAUUAUAUGGGUGAACUCAAAGUAUUAAUUUAUUCCCAUUUCUCUUCAGAUAGGUUCGAGUGAUGUUCGGAAAGUUUGAAGUUCAUUUGAACGGAAAAGACUUUAGUUUGUUUGUGGAACUGCUAAUUCUUGCUAAUGGUACUAUAAGGAAGAAAUACUUUCAUAAGCUGUUUUUUUUUUUUUCUUACAAUAUUAAUAAUCAUUCUGACUGCUUGUAGGACAGUACCACUUCCCAAAACACUGAAGUAGUUGAAGUAAAAUCCACAUGGUUCUAAAUUAGCAGUUGUCUCUAUGUAGUUGUAGUUUGACCCAGUAUAGAACAAACUUCCUGAAAUUGAAAAACAGUAUACCAGAGAGAAGUUAAUGAGCAGCAGCUUUGGAAGAAGGUGGAUUUUCCUCAUUUAGAAAAUCUUCAGAAAACUCAUGCAUACUGGUCCUCCCUGGCAGUGCUAAUUGAUGGACAGCUCAAACUUUGAUGUGAUAGCCUACUUUGGCAAAUGUUGUAUUAUAUACUGUUUUAAGUUUAUUACAAAUGAAUGUAUAAGAGCAAACAAUGUAGUGUUUAUUGGCUGAAUUCUACUAAUUUUUAGAUUUUGCCAUAAAUUCAGUUUGUUCAUGUUGAGUAAUUUCCCAGUUCAAGGACAUUCUGAAUUUCACUGUGCUGAAGUUUCUUCAAAGACCUCCACUUUGUUUCCAUAUGUGGUUCACAGGAAAACUUUGUAAACAUCUAGAAAGUUUACAAGAAUAUCCACAUUCCUCUAUUCUUUAAUUUUUAAAAAAAUUAUACACAAGCACUUUAAUGAUAGUUGCAGUUUAUUUUUUCAGUUUAUUUUUGAAAGAUCAACACACUAAUGUUAAUAUGAAGGUAGUGAAUAUUUGCUGAUGUAUUAUAGACAAUCUGUGCACAACCACUUAUAAUGUUAGCUUAUUUCAUUAAAUAUUAAUAAAAAGGGAGGAUAGUUUGGGAGAAACUCAAAAUAUAUUUUCUCUCAAAAUCAUAAAUGACCACUAUGGGUAACACUUGACUUUGUGUAAUUGGAAAAUGUUUAGAUACCCUUUUUUAACCUUUUAAUCAAGAUUGUAGUAAAACAGUUGCAUGCCUACCAUUAUGAAGUUCUUGGCAGGUUUCAUGCAAUCAUGGGUUUUGUUUUGGUUUUUUUGUUGUUGUUUGGGUUUUUGUGUUUUUUUUUGUUGUUUAUUUUUAUCUUUUAGAAAAUAUUUCGUUUAGUGAUUUGUGUCAAAUUGCUACAAUUUGAAAGGUAUUGUACAUCAGAAGAAAUACCAUGUUUUUUAUAUUGGUUCACUCCCUUACUUAGGGAGGUGCCUCAUGUUCAUAUAUACUUUUUUUGUAUAAAAUAUAUCUAAAUGUUGAUCACAAGAUCAGGAGUAAAAAUGCUUUUAUGGAUAGAGAACUAUUUGGCCCUGUUAGUGCAUUGCACUAAAAAUACUGUGAAUGGGAACUAAGAUUGUAGCUUUGCUCAAAAUGUUCUAUAUUGAAUGUACAUGCUUUUGUUUUGGAUAAAUGUACUGUAUUUGAUGGAAAAUAAAGCAGACUGGAAAUGAUUUUUAAGUGGGCAUAAAAAAUGAUGUUGUGUUUGUAAACUUGGGAUGUCUGUCACUGCACAGUCAGAAAUUACAUUGUUUGCAUUUUGUAAAGUUUUUUUUGUUGAUCAUUGAAGCUAGUUCUUUGUAAUAUUCUGUUGUAAUAAAUGGGUCUUUUUUUAAUUAAAAAUUUGGCACUUGUGGAGUGAACACUUCA